AAACAACUACAAUAUAAUAUUUUCUCCGCGAACCGCGUGCCGACAGCAGAGAAUAUUGAAUAACGGCUUGAUAAUAGAUAUUGAAGAAGGCUGUUUUUAUGGUUUACUGGAGAAUAUUCUUUAUUUUACAAAGUUCGUGAUUAGAACCUAAAUUUAAAAUUUUAUCGUAUUGCUUUUUGUUUAUUUGAAAAAUAAAACGUAUUUAGAAGUUUUCAAUGAAAGAACUGUGGAAGGUGGCAAGAGAGUUAAUUAAUUAUUUGAGAAGAAUUAGAUGUAUCAUUGUACCAACGGCUCUAUUAACAGCAUAAAUAUGUACCCUGGGAGGCAUACCACAUCGAGCCAGCAAAGCAGUCAACCAUUUUCUAAAUUUUCAGUAUCAGAAGCAUGUGACAGGAUCAAGGAAGAGUUUGGAUUUUUGCAAGCCCAAUACCAUAGUUUAAAAAUUGAGUGCGAAAAACUUGCUUCCGACAAAACUGAUAUGCAAAGAGCAUAUGUAAUGUAUUAUGAAAUGUCAUAUGGGCUCAAUGUAGAAAUGCACAAACAGACAGAAAUAGCAAAACGUUUGAAUACAAUAUGCAAUCAAGUGGUGCAGUAUCUUUCACAAGAGCAUCAGCAACAAGUAUUGCAGACUAUUGAAAGAGCCAAGCAAGUGACGAUGGCUGAGUUAAAUGCAAUUAUUGGGCAACAGUUGCAUCAGCAAGGUUUGCCACAUACGCAUCCACCAGGAGUUAAUCUUGCGCAUCCUGGACUUCCACCUCCCCAUCUACCACCUGGAACUAACUCAGAUCUUUUGGCUCUUUCCAAUGCUGUAUCAUCUGCACCUCAUCUACAAGUGAAAGAAGAAAAAGAAAGCUCUCUUCGUGAUUCUCCUCUUCCACCUCGCUCAAGUUUAUAUAUGUCUCGUAAUACUACUGACAGUCAUUCUUCACAUGGAAGUGAUGAUGGUCGCGACGAAUAUAGUCGAAAAAUUCAUGCAUAUGAAAAGCGUGAAAUGCCUCCCCACUCAAGUAUCCCCAAUAUUAAAAGUAAUGUCAAGAAAAGAAAAGAAGAUAAAGAUGAUAGUGAUCAUGAAAAAAGUGAUGGAGAGUUAGUUGUUGAUGACCAUGAUCGUUGUUCACCAGCUAAUGGAAGUUUACUACGUAAGCGUAUUGUUAAUGGAGAAUCCUCCCCACCUUCAUCACGAAGUAAUUCUGUUGAUAAGAAAAUAAAAAAAGAGAGUGGUCGUGACAGUGUUAAUGACAGAUUAGAACGUCCGGUAAAGUCUCCGCUUCCUUAUAUUGCUUCAAAACAUGGAAAGCAAUUGAUUCCAAAAUCAGCUCCUAGUCCUAUUCAUUCAUCGCCUGCAAUUGCAAAGAUAUCGCCAAUACGUAAUGGACCUUAUCAACCAUUUUUAUCUUCACAUAAUUCCUCUGGAAGUGAUUUGAGUCCAGGAAUGCACUAUUCUUCAAGAGGACCUAUGCCAGGUGGUUUUGAUCCUCCUCGAAAUAUGGGGGGUGUUCCUAGCUUUGGAAUACAUGGAAAACCAGCAUACUCAUUUCAUAUAUCUGGUGAUAGUCAAAUGGUACCAGUAACUCUCCCCGCAGAUGCCUUACUAGGACCAAAUAUACCUCGACAUGCGCGACAACUAAGUACUUUAAACCAUGGUGAGGUUGUUUGUGCUGUAACUGUAAGCAACCCCACCAGACAUUUAUAUACUGGAGGAAAAGGAUGUGUUAAAGUGUGGGAUAUUAAUCAAGCAAUUAACCAAUCGACUAUAAAUAAACCUGUUUCAACGCUGGAGUGUUUACGUGACAUUUAUAUUCGUUCUUGUAAACUUCUCCCUGACGGAAGAACUUUAAUAGUAGGAGGAGAAGCAAGUGUACUAACGAUUUGGGAUUUAGCUGCUCCUACGCCUACUAUAAAAGCUGAACUUAACUCAAAUGCUCCUGCAUGCUAUGCUUUAGCCAUAAGUCCCGACUCAAAAGUAUGCUUUAGCUGUUGCAGUGAUGGUAACAUAGCUGUUUUAGAUCUACAUAAUCAAAAAAUCGUACAACAAUUUCAAGGUCACACAGACGGCGCUAGCUGUAUUGAUAUAUCACCAGACGGGACUAAGUUAUGGACUGGUGGCUUGGACAAUACUGUAAGAUCUUGGGAUUUGCGCGAGGGAAGGCAGCUGCAGCAACAUGACUUCAACUCUCAAAUUUUUUCUCUUGGAUAUUGCCCUACAGGAGAAUGGUUAGCGGUUGGAAUGGAAAGCAGUAAUGUUGAAGUCCUUCAUGUAACUAAACCAGAUAAAUACCAGCUACAUUUACACGACAGUUGUGUUUUAUCGCUAAAGUUUGCUUCGAGUGGAAAAUGGUUUAUAAGUACAGGCAAAGAUAACUUACUUAAUGCUUGGAGAACACCCUACGGUGCUAGCAUAUUUCAGUCGAAAGAGUCGUCCUCUGUUUUAAGUUGCGACAUUUCUGUCGACGACAAGUAUAUUGUCACCGGCUCAGGUGAUAAAAAAGCUACGCUUUAUGAAGUCAUGUAUUGAAUCAACCGUUGAAAUUCAUAUAAUGAAUUGUCGAAGCAUCUCCAGCUCUCGGGUUUAAUUAGUAUUCAUGUUGAUAUAAACAAGUUCCAGUUACAGAGAAUAUGGAAAAUAGUAUGACUACUUUCACGUCAACAGUUAAACGAUCAAAUCGCCUAAUAAUUAUCUUGUCUAAAAUUAUAUAAUGUUAUAUAGUGUGAAAAUAAUGGGUAAUUAAUUGAAAAUAGGAAUGAA